CACAAAUCAUCACAACUGCCCAUGAUUCAAGCAGACAGGCAAGCGCACACCAAUAACCAGCAGUGCCACGACGUCGCGCAACACCGGAUCGAUUGUCACUUGCGCUGUUCACAGUGGAGCACGUCAACGUCAUAGCAGGGUUUUGGACACCGAGCCCACACACAUACAUACAUACAUACAUACCUACCUACAUACCUACAUUAAAGGACGUCGUCGUCGCAUCGGCGAGAUGAACUCGUUCGCCACAGCUACAGCAUGCACCUCCUGUCGCUCCUGCGGUGGCUGCCUCAACAAAUCAAGAUCAAAGGGACACACAACGGUGACGGCCACGGCAGUCAUGUCUGCGGCCAUGAUGCCGCCACAACAGCAGCAUCAGCAAGAUGAAGACGUUGAUGCACACAUCACGGUAGCAACACCAGCAGCAAGUGUAGAUCCAAAGGCAGCAGUGCAAUCACAGCACGCAGCAGCGCUGAAUGGUGCUGCACAUCCCACCAGAGCAACAGAAUCAGCCCACAGCUCAUCAUCUUCGGCGCCAGCCAAGGAGUCCGUUGCAACUGCACAAUCGCUAGGCUGGAGGGCGUUGGCAAACGUCUACUCCCGCCUCACGAAGCUGCGACUCAGCGGGCUGGUGGUGUUGACAACGAUGGGUGGAUAUGCGCUCGCGCCAUCGACGUCUGCGCCUUUUGAUUGGGCCGGCCUCGGCAUCGUCUCGCUUGGCACCGCAUUCUGCGUUGCCUCCGCCAACUCGUUUAACCAGUGGAUCGAGGUCCCAUAUGACGCGCAGAUGACGCGCACAUGCGACCGCCCGCUCGUGCGCGGGGACAUGUCGCCCUUCCACGCCUUCUCCGUCGCCGUGACGAGCGGCGCCGUUGGCGUCGGCAUCCUCUCCACCAUCAACCCGAUUGUCGCCGGUCUCGGCCUCGGUAACAUCGUCCUCUAUGCCGGCAUCUACACCCCAAUGAAGCGCCUCUCCAUCGCAAACACGUGGGUUGGAUCAGUUGUGGGUGCGAUUCCGCCCUUGAUGGGCUGGGCCGCGGCUACAGGCUCCCUCGCUCCCCCGUCUCUCGUGCUUGCAGGCAUCCUCUUCGCCUGGCAGUUUCCCCAUUUCAAUGCUCUGAGCUGGAAGUUGCGACCAGAUUAUUCAAAGGCUGGCUAUCGCAUGAUGUCUGUGACAGAUCCUGCGCUGUGCCGCGCCGUUGCGCUCCGCUACAGUGCCGCCCUCAUCCCCAUCAGCAUCGCAGCGCCCGCGCUCGGCUUGACGGACUGGACGUUUGCAGUUGACUCGACGCUCAUCAACGGGUACAUCACGUACAAGGCAUGGCACUUCUACACGCGCGGGGACGACCAGUCGGCACGCAAGCUGUUCCUCACAUCUCUCUGGCACCUCCCCGCCAUCAUGGCCCUCCUCCUCGUCCACAGCCACUUUGCAUGACGCCCCUCUAUGUGUGUAUGUGUGUGUGUGAGCCUGUGUAGGUUGUUUUGAGACGGCUUUGCCACGUCGUUUCUUUGCUGCGAGCUAGUGAUAACGUAACUAAACCCGCCGCUUUCUCAUCAGUGUCUCUCCUUUUUCCCCCUGCCAGCAUGUUUAUUGUUACGAAUGCUUCUGCUUUUCGUGUCUCUUGUCUUCAUUGAAUUCUUCGUACGACUCAGGCUCGUUCAACUUCACGACUUGCUUGUCUCUCUUCUCUCCUUCUCUCACUCACACACACACUCUCUCCUUCGCUUGCUUGCUUUGGUUGAUGGUGUCCUCUUUACUAAUGCAACGCGUGCUGUCAUGUGAUGGUUCGUGUCACGUGCUGUGGGUCCGUGAUUGCACAGCGGUGUGUGUAUGUGUGCGCGCGCGCGUGUAAAUUGAAUGCAAACAAGGCAUGUCACGCAAUUGCAAAGGUGCAACCAAAUCAAAC